AUGUCUUUUAAGUGCUGGGAUAUCACGAGAACGUCAACAUCACCCAGACUUAUUCCUGAGUGGAAGGACUUGAAACCCCUCUUAAAGGGCAUCCUGAAGGAUAAACAGGCAGUACUGUGGAUACAGAAGAAAGCUGCAGAAAUGGAAGGAGUGAUAAAAAAGAUAAAGUUCCAUGUGGCUCAGGUGCCACCCAUCCAAGCAAUGGUCCACAUAGCUCCCUAUCACAUGUUAAUUGCUUACUGUGAUGACAUGUGCCUGCGGCUCUUUGGGGAUCACCAUCAAGGGCUCAUAUCUCUGGGUAUGGUCCCCUGUCGUUUCUCCAUCAGCUGCCUCAGCUAUGACUCAGAAACUGAGAUGCUUCUCUCUGGUACCCUGGGGGCUGUGGUCACCUGGUUUAUCUUGCCAAAUGGCAGGGGCCUGCAAAUGGCCCAAACUGUGCCUAUGCCUGGUGGUGAGCUUGUUCAGGGCUUUUCCCUGAAUGGCCCCCCGGGCUUCCUGGUGGCUCAUUGUGAGAAUAAGCCGAGAGUCUUCACCCACCAAGGUCAGGGCCAGCUGGAAGAGGUGAAGAAGUUCACUCCUGUCAACAGUGGCUCCACCAUCACCUGCUCCUUCACUUGUUUAUCUCAGGGCUACUUCUAUGUUGGAAACAAGGAUGGAGAAAUCCAUGCUUGGGGUCUAGACAGAGGUAACUUCCUCCACAGCUUCCAGGCUCAUUCCUCAUCAGUGAUAUGUAUCCAAAGCCGGUCAGAGACCUAUACCUUACUAACAGCAGGUGGUGAAGGUGUAGUGAAGGAAUGGAACCUUGCCUUUGGGAACUUGCUGCGGCAGCUGGACAUUGACAAGAACAUGCAGAGACUGCAGUUCAUUGAUAAUAGCACCUUUUUCUGCCAGACUAACCACAAUUUCUCAUUGUAUCACCUACGCUACUUUUAUAGCCUCUUCAAUGUCUGUGGUUCUGCUCCCCAGGAGGUGCGGCGGGUCUGCUGUGGCCAUAAUUGGACUCGGAUCCUAUGUGCCACUAAGGACGGUCUGUUGCGCUUCUUGUCUCCAGUAACGGGAGAUCUCCUGGUUAUCACCUGGCCUCUACUUAUCAUGGAUAAGGCUGUGGCUUGGGCCUAUGACUCACACAGAGAGGAGCUCUUUGUGGCAACAGAUGGUUCAGAGGUGCUGGUGUUUGAUGCAACGCGCUCUCCUUGCACAGCCAAGUAUCUUAUGUGUCCUUCAGUAAACCCUGGGGAUAGAGUCAGAUGCCUGGCCUAUGGGCACUACCAUUUGGGUAAGGGCCUUGUAGGACUGAUGUUCAGUGGGCAUGACAGCGGCACUGUGAGAAUCCUCUCCCACUACAGUUGUGCCCGAGUAGCAAAGAUUCUUCACUCUGGGGCAGUCCUGGCAUUGUCUACCCUGGAGGGUCCCCAGGAGUACUCCUUGGUCUGUUCCUAUGGCAUGGAUAAUAUUGUAUACCUCACAGAAGCUGUGCUGCAGGGGAACAGGGUAGUCCUGCAGCCUGUCAGCAAAAUUAUCUGUGUUUGGCCCCUAAAACACGUGAUACUCUUGCCAGGUUCUGUGGGUGCCAUCACUGAGAACCACCACUGGCAUCUCUGGAGUUAUCAGGACUUCCUGACAUCUCCAGGAUCAAAGCAGAGAUCUGACUUUAAAGAGACAGAAUGCCUGCACCGGUGUGCCAUCACUUCAUUUGAUGUCUGCCUUUCCCUGAAACUUUUUGUCACAGGGGACACUGGCGGCUUAGUCCGGAUCUGGGACUUCCAAGGGAAACUCAUAACUGAGUUGGACUCUGCGUUACAUUUUGGCCCACUCUGCUUUGCCAAUGACCGGGGUGACCUGCUUUUGACUUUCAACCAGAGUCUUUACCUGGUAUCCUGCUUAAAACUGCUCCCUCCAGCCCAGCUAAUUCACCUUACUCUCCUGAACAAUGCAGAUGACAUACAAGAAGCCCCUAAACCCUUCCUGCCUAGCUUCUUCUUUUCAUUUGAAAAAGUAUUUGUACCCAAAUUUGUCUACUAUGGUCAAGGGUUGCAGGAAUUACGGGGGCUAGAGGCCCUUGUUAACAAGCGGAUGAUUGCUUUUGACCAUACUGUGCCCCAUGUUGUGGAGGAAGAGAGGCCUAAGUCCUCUGUGAUGCAGGAGGGACCCACAUUGCAUUUUUUGGAAGAUAAGUAUAUUGAUUUUCCUAUUCUUACUCCCAAGCGUGAUCGUCCCCCCUUCGUGGUUCCUCCUCAGUUGCGACUGGCUGGCUGGGAUGGGUUGAAACCUUACCAGAUAUUACGGUGUUUCUUUGGUCAAGGGCGGCCUUGGCCCUUUCCUCCAGAUGGCUACAUCCCCAACUCAGUGAUCCGUGCCCGUCUUUGGCCUGAAGGUACCCCCGUCUUCUUGCACUGUGAUCUCCACUCAUCCUACCAAGAUAAGGACUGGGACAUGACUGGACUGAGCAGAAGUCAGGCACUGUCACCUGUGACUUCAAUAAAACAGAAAAUCUCAAAGAGGAAACCAGACCAAAAACCCAUGCUGGGAAAACAAACUUUCUUUGAUAUUCUUGUAAACUUGGCCAGUCAAAAUUGGAUGGGAAGAAAACUGGAUGAAGGACUUAUCAAUACUAUAAUUGAGACCAUCCUCAACCUCACAGUUUACUGUUCUAUAGAGCAAUACAAGACGUAUAUCAGUAUCCUGGCACAGAUUUUUGCCUCCCAUCAAGUAUCUCCAAGGUGGCAUUCUGAAACUGCUUGUCGCCUCAUGGAAGACACAACUCAUUCCAAUCCAGAGGUCCGGGAGACAGCCUGGGAGGGACUGGAGAAGCUAGGCUUCAUGAGCCGUUUCUUUGCAAUUCCCCUGGCUGUGGGAUUGAUGGACAGUGAUAAAAAUGUGCGGGCUAAGGCCUUAUACCUUAUGGUAAGAGUCACAGGCAUCCAAACUAAGAGCAUGCUGAUAGCGCUACUGAAGAGACGAGACACUCUCCAGGAAAUGCAGGAAGACUUUAUUGGAGAAAUCUCUCUGGACCAGCUGCUGGGAAUUCAAGCUAGUGGUAUCCAGUACCUGCUUACUCAGGUGGAACAGCGGUUAAAUGAGAACCUGACCUUGUCACACAGAGAGGAGAAACCUCCUUUGGUUUUAGUUAUAUCAAGAGAUCGUGAACUUGAUGAACAAACACUCAAAAUUUGGUCAGAACCUGCAAAGAUCGCCAAACCAGAUCAAAGAAUGACACGUGUUACAGCAAAGAGCAAAAAUCUCAUUAAAAAGGACAUGAAAAUUUCCAGGAAGCAGGGAGAGACAGAAUUGAGCCCUGUGUUGGUGACUUUAGAGCAUGAAGGUGAACAGAGAGAAGCCAAGGAAUCAGAUCAAAUUGACAUUCAGGAUGUUGCCUCAGAGCCAGAGCUGUCGCUAAGUACUCUCAGCCCAGUCACAUCCAAAGAGGAUGCUGAAUCAAAGGAGGUUGUGUUGAAGGCCAAAAAAGUCACAGAACCCACAAAAGCCUUGGAGAUCAAAAAAGCAGUGAAGGCCAGAGAGGCAGUGGAGGCCAUGGGAGUUAUGAAGGCUAUAGAUCAACAGGACAUGAGAGAUUAUGGAAAAGUGAUCCCUGAGGCACAGAGACAAGAACACCUGAAAAAGCUCUGGGAAAGAGCAAUGAAAAAAACCCAUCACAAAGUAAGUGUGAAGUUGAAAGAGAAGAGAAAAUUGAAGGAAAUUCCAGAAACAACUGCAGAAGAGCCCAAGAAAGAAGUUAUACAGGUUGCUGAGCAAGAAGAAGAUGCAACGAAGGUAUUUAGAAAGGAUGGUCAUGGUUUGUCUGGGAUCCCUGGCCGCACGACCAAAUCAGAAACCAGAUCUUGGCGGGAUGACAUUUGCAAUCUUGUGACCUCAAGGAUAGCAAGUUCCAAUCCAGGAAUGUUAAGGGAUCUGAGUCAAGAGUUGGUGAACUGGGCUCAGGCAAUCCUUGCUCCCCAAGAGCCCAGCUGGGAUCUCUUCCAGGAGAUUUGUCCUCUUUUAAAGGACUCAUCAGAACUGGAUGACAUGGAGAUGGAAGAAACACCUGUUGUAACAGAAGUGGUUACAGAGGUUGUCAAGGAAGAAAAGACAGUAGGACUCGGAGAACAAGAACAAAGAGCUAAAAAAAUGUUAAAGAAAGGCAAGGUGUCUUCUAAAGUCAAGAAAAAGAAAGUUGCUUACUUAGAUGAUCACCAAGUAUCAGACAAAAUGAGAUUCCAAAAAGUAAAGAUACUAGCUAUGCAAAAAGGGAAAAUAAUUGGGGAAGCAAGAAAACUGAGUAAGCAGGAUUUGAAAUUAAUGCAGGGAAAAGAGAAACUGACCAAGGACAAGAAAUCGAGCCUUCAAAAAGAAAAAAGAGCUGAGGAGGAAGAAAUAUCACCCAUCUCACAAAAGAAGUUAACCAAGGCAGAGCAGAAAGAGAAAAUUGAGAAAGUGUCCCCCAAAGAAGAGAAAUGGGUCAUGGAAAAAGAGGAUAAAAUCAGCAAGGAAAAAAAACAAUGGGCCCACAAAAGAAAACUAGCCCUACCAGAGGAGAAACAGGCCCAGAAAGAGAGAAUAUGGGGUCAGAAAGAGAGUGACCGAAGAAAACAAUGGGCCUGGAGAAAAGAGAAAUUGUCCCAAGAAGAGAAGAAACAAGCCGGUGAAAUGGACAAAAAGUCCCAGCAAAGACAGGCAAGGGCUUUAGAGAAAAGACUGACUCAGGAAGACAGUAUUAUGGGCAAGGAAGAGAGGCAUAUUGCCAAGAAAGAAAGGGCAAUAGCCAGGGAAGGAAUUGGUGUAACGAAGAGAAAGGAAAAAGCAACUCAAGAAGAGAAAGAAACUAUUGAAGAAGAGGGGAAACUGGCCUAUGACGUUAGGGCCAAGGAGAUGGGUGUUGCUAAGGAAGAAAAGAAAAGAAUCCAAGAGGAGAGUAUACAGGGAAUGAGGAAACUGGAUAUGGGGAUGGGGAUUAGUUCUGAAGGAAGAGAGACUAGUUCCAGAGAAAAAGAUAUAAGGAAGAAAGAGAGUCACCUGAUGCGGAUCCUGGCUAAAAUAAUUAGAGAAAUGAAUAAAGUGCCAUUGAAAGAAACAGGAAUACCUGAGGAAGAUCAAUUGUUUUCUAUGGGAAUGAGUGAAACUGAUGGCCAGAGGUGGGAAUUUUCUAAAGAACCAGAGGAAAUAACCAGAGAAGAGAAGCAGCUGGUUCAGAAAGAGAGAAAACUAGAAGACGACAGACUAGCUACUGAAGAGAGAAUACUGACUGAUGAAGAGGCCUUGGAGGAAGACCAAAGGUUAUUAGAGAAGGUCCAGGAAAAUAUACUAUUAGAUAAAACCCAGGUAGACAGUAUGUUGAAGGAGGCUCAGCAGCAAAAUCUGUUAGGAGAAAAGCAGCUGAAGGAGCUUCUAAAGAUAAUCAAGGAGAAGAAACCAGAAAAGACCCAGAAGAGGGAAAAGAAAGUAAGCCUGAGUGAAGAGGAAUUGGAGGAGAGCUUGGCUGGGAAGCAUAAGAAAAAGAGUUCAACCCAAAUAAGGAAAACGGAAAAGAAACUGACUCAGGAGAAAGAGAAGCUGCAUAAGAAGGUAAAAGAGGGCCCACAUGAGGAAGAGAUGGAGCUCUUCAGCAAGGAGGAAGGUGGGGACCCACACAUGGAGGAGGAGGAGGACCUCAGUGAGGAGGAGGAGAGCCGAAGUGAGGAGGAGAGUCUGAGUGAAGAGGAAGAGGAGGGCCUGAGUGAGGAGGAAGAGGGCCUGAGUGAGGAGGAGAAGAGUCUGAGUGAGAAAGAGAAGAGUCUGAGUAAGAAAGAGAAGGCUCUGCGUGAGAAGAAGAGUCUGAGACAGGAAAGUCAACUUCUUAAAGCAUACCCCGUGACAACAUCAUUGGGAAGACAAGAGGAUGUGCUCUUGGAAAAAGGCAGGGGCAUGUUUUUACAAGUCAUGGGAAUGGAGACACAGACCCCCAAAGGCCUCCACAAGCCAAAGUCUCACUUACUUGAAAUUAUCAGAGAAUCACAGAAACCUAAACGCAGGCCCAAAGAUGGCACCUGGAAGUGGUUCUUAAAGUCUCAGGAUUCUCAAAAGGGCAAGACUGAGGGCCAGGCCCCUGCCCCUGCCCCAACCCCAACCACAGCCCUGUACCCAUCCCUUACCUCUAUGCCAGCUAAAAGGCUUGAUUCCCCAGAUGAGGACUGGAUUAGUAAUGUCUUAGUAAGACUGGAAGCAGGAGAACAACUUUCAAGGGACAGUUUCCAUAGACUGAGCCAACUCCUCAAGCACCUCACUUCAAAGGGAUAUUUGAAACAAACACAUCUGUACAGUCUUAAAGCUGUGGCUAAACGCCUCCAGCAGAACCUACAGGGAGGUCACAGAGAUAUAUCACGAUGCUAUAAAGAUGCUUUGAGCCCAGUAUACAUAAAAGCGAUCCCUCCAAUCAGAAGGAAAGAAAUGGAGAGUUGGGGAGAGCCAUUGCCCAUCCCUACAUCAGCAUUACCAUCAAUGACCUACAGGGUUCAAGAUCCAAAGGCUCUAACUUGGCUUCUUUUAGGAGAGCCUUACAGGAGUGCACGGGCACAGCAGUUAUCCCAUGUUCUCCAAGAGAUGGGAAUGCAACACUUUCAUCCUGCCACAAGAGAUAUUUUCACAGGUGCCCAUGCUUCUGUGGGAAAACAAACUCUGGCACUGAUGUUUCAGAACGAUGUCAGGGCUCUGAAGGGUGAAGGUAGGGCCCUCAAGCUGCCCCAGCUGGAAAAGAAGGCACAGCCUGUCUCUAAAGACAAGGAAGAGCUCCCCCAAUGGGAGACAUUUGUGGCCUUGUACCAUGUUCUGCGGAUGUUGCAGAAGCGAUAUGCGAGAGACAGUGCUGCGUGGAUGGAACAGUUUAAACGUCUCAUGGACUUGUACCAGCUCAAGUCUCCCCGAAUCCAGAGGCUGCUACUGGAGUUGCUGCGGGGAAAGAGACUCCAACCACAACAGAUCAUCUACGAAGACACUGCAAGGAUCAAGGAGUUGGUGCCUGGUGAACGGUUACUCUCUGACCUGUUGUGUGGUAGUUCUCGUACCCCUGCAGGUCCCCUUGAGUUCCAGAAUGUUGUACCCUUGCCUGGGCAGAACAGAGUGCAUACUAUUCAACCCACGGGCAUUGCCCAGUAUGGAUUCUUAGAACUUGCCUGGAAAAGGCUACCAAGGGUCAAUCCUUACCGUAGGGAGAGGCUGCCCAACAUCCCUACCCCCACUCUCUGA